CCGACGGGUGGCGCUAGAGUGUUUGCCGGCAGUAUUAUCAGAGAAGAAAAAGCAAGUGCGGAGUACACACGUGUGUACAAACAUGGGUAGAAGAAAGCGAGGAAACCAAGAUAUUAGCAAAUUAACAAAGAAACAGAAGAAACAUCUAAAGGAAUUUGGAGAACAGCAUCCUUUUCAUGAUAAUAUUGUCGAGAGAGCAGAAAAAACUCAGAUUUUGCGAUUGCCUGGCAGUCCAAAGCACCGGGAGCCUGAGAGUGAGGAAGAAAGUGAUGAAGAGCAACAGUCUGCUUAUCAGAAACUGCUGUCAACGAUAAUUCAAGGUGCUAAUGAUGGCAGUGAAGAGGAAGAAAGUGAAGACGAUGAGGAAGAGGAGGAAGUUGUUGAAGAAGUUGAACUGGAAGGAGAGGGUGAAGAAGAUGAAAAGGAAGAUGAUGACGGUGAUGCUGAAGAAGAUUUAGAGCAAGAGGAUGAAGAACCGACUGAUGAUGACCCAGAAAAUAAAGAGCACCCUGAAAAGAUAAAUGAAGAUACAGAGGAGACCAUAAAGGAAGAGUUUACAGAUAAGAAGAAUGAAGCUGCGUUCUGUUUGGAAAGCAACCUGCCUGCAGAGGGAGAUGAAAACUCAGAAGAUUUGAAAGAGGACAUGUUUGUAGAGCAUCAAGAGGUGGAACUCAGUGAAGAGGAAGUGCGUCGAAUCUCAGAGGGGUCAAAGGUCAAGACUCAGGUUAAGUGGCCGAAGCUGGGCACCCUGCAGUGUGUUUGUCCCCUAGAACGUUUCCCACCUGUGGGACAGCCCUCCUCUGCUCCUAACCCAACCUUUCACAAAACCAUCAAGGCUAAAUCAUGCUUGCUAAACCAGUCCUCCCAACCUGGAAGUAGCACUGUGCCGGAUGUCACAGAGCUGCAGAAGGAAUUGCUUGGUCUCAUGGGUACAUAUAGAGAUGUGUAUUUUGCAAACAGCUCCCCCUUGAGAGAGGCGAAGGAAGUGCGCAGCGCCUACUGUCUUCAUGCCCUGAACCAUGUGUUAAAGGCCAACACUCGUGUGCUUAGUAAUAACGCCAAGUUGAAGGAAACUAAAGACGCAGAGGAAGAUUGCCGUGAUCAGGGCAUUACCAGACCAAAGGUGUUGAUUCUAGUGCCAUUUAGAGAUGGAGCACUGCGCGUGGUCCAGACCUUUAUAAGUCUAAUGGAGCCUAAAGGGAAGAAAAUGGACGUCAGCAACAAGAAGAGAUUCAAAGAAGAGUUUGGAGAGGAGCCAGGCAAUGUGCCGCCCAACCUGCAGAGACCUGACGACUAUCAUGCUGUCUUCUCUGGAAAUGUGGAUGACCACUUUAGAAUAGGUGUGUCGGUUAUGAAGCGCAGCAUGCGUCUAUAUUCUCCAUUCUACUCCUCUGACAUCAUCAUUGCGUCUCCACUGGGUCUUCGAACUGUGCUGGGUGCUGAUGGUGAGAAAAAGAGAGACUUUGACUUCCUAUCUUCCAUCGAGCUGCUGAUUGUGGAUCAGGCAGAUGUGUUCCUCAUGCAGAACUGGGAACAUGUGCUGCAUGUGAUGAAGCAUGUGAAUCUGCAGCCGAUAGACUCGCAUGGAGUCGAUUUCUCCCGUGUGCGCAUGUGGAACCUAAACAACUGGGCAGCGCAUUACAGACAGACACUGGUGUUCAGUUCAAUACAAGAACCCCAGAUCAACAACAUACUUACCAAAUACUGCUACAACUACAGGGGCCAGGUGUGCAGUAAAAUCAUUCCAAAGGUGGGCUCAAUCUGUCAGGUACUUGUGCAAUUACCACAUGUGUUCCAGAUGUUUCACUCUGACAGCUUCAUGGAUCAGGAUGCCAGGUUUCGGUUCUUUGUGGAUAACAUCCUGCCUCAGUACAGAGACUCUGUCAUGUCCCACACUCUCAUCUAUGUGCCCUCAUACUUUGAUUUUGUUCGUCUUCGAAACUAUCUGAAGAAAGAGGACGUUAAUUUCGCAAGUGUCAGCGAGUACUCGCAGAGAUCAGAGGUUUCUCGAGCAAGACAUUACUUCCAGAAAGGAGACAGACAGUUUCUGCUCUUCUCAGAAAGAUUUCACUUCUACAAGAGAUACACUAUUAAGGGAAUCCAUAACCUGAUCUUCUAUGGGUUACCUACCUACCCUCAUUUCUACAGUGAAGUGUGUAAUAUGCUUCAGGCUGGCGUUAGAGACGGCAGUUCUGCCAGUUUCACCUGCACAGCCUUAUAUUCCCGAUAUGACACACAUCGGCUGGCUGCCAUCACAGGAGCCGAUCGAGCCGCUCAGAUGCUGCACUCCAAGAAAUCAGUCCACCUUUUCAUCACAGGCGAGGAGAACAACACCUAAAUGUGUUGGGAAUAGUUGACAAAAUGUGACAUUUUCACCUCUCAGAGAACAAAUCUGUUAUUGGAGAGGAUUAUUUUUAAACCUUCGAAGCAGUCAUCUGGUUGAAUGUGAAUGCUGAAUGCUGAACAUUUUUUUUAUUUGUGCACCACCAUGUCAGUUCAUAUACCCGUCUUAAAGGAAUUUGUAUCUUACAAAGUGGCUAAUUCAUAAGGAAAACAGAUUAGAAAAAGCAAUACUGAAACCCCGGCUGUAUAGUUAAUAUCACAGGCCCUUAAACAUACAAAUGAAUUAGCCACCUCAUAAAAGUUACGAAUUGCCAGAUUGUGUUGCAUAAGUUUAUAAUGUCUCUGAAACCUAUUGAACAAAAAAACAAUAAAGUUAACCCAUAGGACUUACGAAUGAUUUAUUUUACUUGUCAUCUUAAGCACAAUGCUGUAUAACAAUUAGAUUAAGUCUUUUGAUUUGUGUUUGUUUUGAACCAUUUGAUUUAACGCUUUAAUAAUCUCUGGUUUUCAUUACGUUACGAUUGGUUGGUUGAAUAGAAGUGAGCAUUAGUUCAUCUGUAAUGAUCACGCUGAGUCUCCGCUCACUGAAAAUCACUGACUGUAAUUCUCAUAAUUUACCUCCCGGUGUGAAGAUUCAGCAUGAAGCAUUUAAAAAUUUACAGUUAGUCAUAUUUUAUUUACAUCUCUACUGAUCAGUAGGACUUUUGUUCUGUGCUUUACUCCUGGGUUGUUGAGUUUUUCAGCUGGAAAAUUAAGCAGCUGUCUGACACACACACACACACACCAUCUCUUUUUUUUCACAGAUGUGUCUCUCUGUCAUUAGCAUACACUCAUAUGUCAUAAAUAAUGAAAGCAAUGAGCGUGUGUGUUUGGUUAGACUGGGAUCAUCUAACCAUCAAUUUUUCAUACAAAUGUCUGAAACAUUAAAUGUUGUGUCCUACAUCUAAAAUCGUACUGACCAAUCAAUUGAGUUUUAUUUGCAUACACUGUAACAGCAAUAUCACAAGUCUUGCAUGCUAAAUACAAAGCUACUGUUUUGAGGAGGUGUGUCCCUGACAUAAAAUUGUUACAUUUAUAGAUUCAUAUUCUCUCUUUUUGGGUGUGUGUGGAAGAAUGUAUGGCAUCCCUAUGGCUUUUACGCAUUAAUUUCAGUCCAUGCAUUUAUGAAAUAUUAAUUGGUGGAGCUUGUGCGUGGAUGUUUUCGCAGAGGUUGCGUAUUGCAUGUAUUCACAGCAGAAAAGGUAGUGUUUUAUUUUUGUGCUCGUUGUUGUGUGAUAUCAGUCA